GCCAACGCUGACUAGGACCUUUUCACACAAAUUGUAAGCUUUUAAUCUUAUCAUUCAGGGAGUUGCAAUUUUUGUUUCAGUUUUCCUGAAAUUUAAACUUGUACUUGUAAUUGCAAUUGUCACACACACAAAUCAUCUACGAUGAAAAUUGAGCUUGUCUCAUCAGUGGUGGUGGUGUCAUUCUAUUGGAUUUGGCUUUGCAACAACAUCCUUGUGGUUUCUGGCCUCUGUCUUGAUAAUCAGAAGUCUUUGCUGCUCGAAUUUAAGAACAACGUCACAUUCGUAGACACGGUUGACAGAAAUAGCAGCAGGCUGAAUUCAUGGAAAGCGAGUAAUGAUUGUUGCAAGUGGAUGGGAGUAACCUGUGACGAGGAUGGGCAUGUUAUCGGUCUUGAUCUCAGUGGAGAACUAAUCUCUGGUGGAUUCGACAAUUCAACUAGUCUUUUCGGUCUCCAACAUCUUCAGAAUCUAAAUUUAGCUGCAAAUUACUUCUUCUCGGAGAUUCCCUCUGGAUUCAACAAGUUAGAGAAAUUAACUCACCUGAAUCUGUCAGAGGCUUCCUUUAUGGGACAGAUUCCAAUAGAGAUCUCUCAGUUGAUAAGGUUGGUUACUCUUGAUAUCUCUUCUCUUUCCUUCUUAAAUGGGAAAAGGCUGAAACUUGAGAACCCGAAUCUGCAAAAGCUUGUCCAAAAUCUCACUAAUAUUAGGCAACUGUAUCUGGAUGGUGUAAGUAUCUCAGUUGCAGGACAUGAAUGGUGCAGCGCUUUAUCGUCGAUGCUUGACCUGCAAGAAAUUCGCAUGUCCAAGUGCAAUCUCUCGGGACCCCUGGAUUCUUCCCUGGCAAGACUUGAGAAUCUAUCAGUCAUUGUUCUUGAUAUGAACUAUCUAUCAUCCCCAGUGCCAGAAACAUUUGCCCAUUUGAAAAAUCUCACCAUCCUACGCCUUUCUGAGUGCGGAUUGACUGGGACAUUUCCACAGAAGAUCUUCAGCAUUGAAACAUUGUCUGUUAUUGACAUAUCACUCAACCAAAAUCUCAAUGGUUUCUUUCCAAACUUCCCAUUGAGCAGAUCACUUCAGACCUUAAAAGUAAGAAACACAAGCUUUUCUGGAGCAUUUCCACACUCGAUUGGUAUAAUGAGGCACUUAUCUGAAUUGGAUCUUUCUGAUUGUCGAUUUAACGGAACACUUCCCGGCUCACUGUCAAACCUUACAGAACUCAGUUACAUGGACUUGUCAUUUAACAACUUCACUGGUCCCAUGACAUCGUUUGGUAUGGCCAAAAACCUUACCCAUUUAGACCUUUCUCAUAAUGAUUUAAGUGGCAUAAUUUCAUCAUCUCAUUUUGAAGGACUGCAAAAUCUUGUCAAUAUUGACUUGAGUUAUAAUUCUUUCACUGGGAGCAUUCCUUCAUCCUUGUUUCCACUUCCACUCCUACAACAGAUUCAACUUUCCAACAAUCAAUUUAGCCAACUAGAUGAAUUCAUAAAUGUGUCUUCUUCUAUAUUAGACACUCUUGAUUUAAGAAGCAACAAUUUGUCAGGACCUUUUCCAACAUCUAUCUUCUAUCUCAGUUCACUCUCUAUCCUCCAACUUUCUUCAAACAAGUUCACUGGGUCGGUGCAGCUGAAUAAGUUUUUUGAGCUUAAAAAUUUAACUGCACUAGACCUUUCAUAUAACAGCUUAUCAUUGAAUGAAAAUUUUGAUCCAUCUUUCUCUUCCAAGAUUAGAAUUUUAAAAUUAGCAUCAUGCAACUUGAAAACGUUCCCUGGUUUCUUGAGAAACUUGUCCACAUUAGCCACUCUAGAUCUUUCAAAUAACCAGAUUCAAGGAAUGGUGCCCAACUGGAUAUGGAAACUAGACAAUCUUAAUAUUUCUCACAAUUUGUUGACUGGUUUUGAAGGACCUUUGCAGAAUUUUACUUCCAACUUUGUUUUCCUUGACCUUCACCACAAUAAACUUGAAGGGCCAAUACCUGUUUUUCCUAAUUAUGCGGUGUAUUUGGAUUUCUCAAGCAACAAAUUUAGCUCUUUUAUCCCACAUGACAUUGGUAAUUACCUGUCUUCCACAUUUUUUCUUUCUCUUUCAAACAAUACUUUGAAUGGAAGUAUCCCUGAUUCCCUCUGCAAAGCUUCAUUACUUCAAAUGCUUGAUCUUUCCAUUAAUAACUUUUCUGGAACAAUUCCCUCAUGUCUAAUGAUGAUGAGUGACACUCUUGUGGUAUUAAAUCUGAAGAACAACAAUCUCACAGGCCAAAUUCCAGAUACAAUUCCAAUUUCCUGUGGUUUGUGGACUUUAAAUCUUCAUAGAAAUCAAUUAGAUGGGCCAAUUCCAAAAUCUCUUGCCCAUUGCUCAAAGUUAGAGGUAUUGGACCUUGGAUCAAAUCAAAUUAUUGGUGGCUUUCCAUGCUUUUUGAAGGAAAUAUCCAUACUUCGUAUCUUGAUUUUGCGAAACAAUGGAUUUCAAGGUUCCCUUAGAUGUUCGGAAGCCAAUGAGACUUGGGAAAUGCUUCAAAUUUUGGAUGUCGCUUUUAACAAUUUUAGUGGCAAAUUGCCAGAAAGAUAUUUCACAACCUGGAAAAGAAAUAUAAUGCAUAAUAAGCAUGAAGUUGAAGCAAAGUUUAUUGAGCGGCUUGAUAUCAGUUCUGGUUUAUAUUAUCAAGGUAGUGUGACAGUUAUCAGCAAAGGUCUACAAAUGGAGUUGGUUAAAAUUUUGACAAUCUUUACAUCCAUCGAUUUCUCAUCUAACCAUUUUGAAGGACCUAUACCAGAAGUGUUAAUGGAUUUCAAAGAACUCUAUAUCCUUAAUUUGUCAAACAAUGCUUUGUCUGGUGAAAUCCCAUCAUCGAUAGGUAACCUAAGACAGCUGGAGUCUUUGGACCUUUCACAAAACGCUCUGAGUGGAGGAAUUCCUAUGCAGAUUGCAAGUUUGUCAUUCCUUUCAUAUUUAAACCUUUCCUUCAAUCAUUUGGUAGGGAAGAUACCAACAGGUACCCAACUUCAGUCAUUUUCAGCUUCUUCCUUUGAAGGCAAUGAUGGGCUAUACGGUCCUCCAUUGACUGAAAAUCCACAUGGUAAAAGGCCAGGGGUGUUGCUGCAACGAGAAUGUGAAAGGCUAGUUUGUACAAUUGAUUGGAAUUUUAUCAGUGUUGAACUAGGAUUAAUUUUUGGCCACGGAAUUGUUUUUGGUCCACUCUUGAUUUGGAAGCGGUGGAGGAUAUGGUAUUGGCAAGUUGUGCACAAAAUCCUUUGUUGGAUCUUCCCUCAGAUGUAUCUUGAAUAUGUAACCCACAGAGGACAAGUUUUCACAACUUUAAGGUGGUGGCACUAGUGAUUUAUAGCAAGUAUUCAAGUAAGUGAAGUCAUGAUGCAAUAACCAUUCUUCGUGUUCCCUUUCCCAAACUCAAUAGUUGUUACUGUUUUAUGUCUAAAAGAAACAAAAAUAAAUAAAUUUGCAUGGCAUAUGCAUUGGAACUUUGAAA